UCCCAACGUUUCAAAUGUGCUGAAUAGGUCAUUUACCUAAUUAAAUUGCGCCAUUUAUAUAAGCUGAAUUUGCUGUGCGUGUAAGACUUAGUCGCUUAAUGGAUAACUAUAUUUAGCAGGCUGCCUACUGCCUAAUGACAAGUAUUUAAUUGCCUUGCCCUGCCGCAGGGCGCGAAUACAAAAGCUAAACAUUUGUGCGCGUUGAAAGCUUCCGACUGCAGUAGGCAGUCGCUCACAGACAGUCGGUUAGUGCAAGUGCAGCAGCGGACAUGUGUUCACACGACAACGAUAUAGUUGCCGAUUAUCCAGAUUUGGAUUCUACUUUUGAGAAUGAGCAGGAGCUGAUAUUGAAAAAGGAGCAGCUACAGGUGCAGGAACUAAGAGAUUGGUUAGACGCAAAUCCGAACAUAAAUGGCUGUAAGGCUUAUGCCAAUUUGCACUUUUUUCUGCGCACCUGUAAAUUUGACGUUGAUCGGGCUAAAAAGAAGCUUAAAACCUUUUACCAAAUGCGUGCCGAGCGUACCGAAUGGUUUGAAAAUUGCGAUCCCAUGUUGCCCGAAAUACAGGAGCUGCUUGCCUUGGGCGUCUUUCUUCCCGUUGACGGUGUCGACGAGCAGCAACGAAAAGUUGUAAUUAUUCGGACGGCGGCACACGAUCCCAAACGACAUACACAGAACAACGUAUUUAAGACAAGCAAAAUGAUAUUGGAUUUGCUAUUAAAGUUUGAGCCAGAUAACUGUGCACGUGGCAUCGUUGCCAUUAUGGAUAUGCAGGGGGUCCAAUUAGGUCAUGCUCUGCAGCUGAAUCCCAAGCUUAUCAAGCGUUCCGUUGAGAGUUGGACGGCGUAUCCAUGUCAGCCCAAGCUUUUGGAGUUCACUAAUACGCCUCGUCACGUCAACAUUUUUCUAAAUACAUUUCGCGUAUUUAUGACGCCAAAGAUACGAUCCCGUGUCGCCGUGCGCCGCGAGGGCACCAUGGUAAAGUGCAUGCAGCUGCCAAAAGACUUGGGUGGUCAGGGACCCAGCUACAAAGAGCUGGCCAUCAAAUGGAAGCAAUUGGUCGAACAGCACGCUGACUUUUAUUUGGAGCAAGGCAAAUACAAAAGCAUAGUCAAGCGAUAAGCGUCUGAUUAACCAAAAAAUGAUUAGAACUGCAAGCAGACAUACUUAUAAAUAUUAUACGAAUAUUUUCAACGUGCGGAUUAUCAUCGGUAAUCGGUUAAUGUCUACAAAUGGCGUUGCCUAGUAUUUAAGGUUUCGUUUGUGCUAAAAACAAUGCUCAUUUUAUAAUGAUAAGUAUUUAUAAUGCACAUUUCAAUGUUUGCAUCAUUUUAACAAUAGAUAAGUGUACUCUUUGUUGCCUUGCUGUUAUCGUCCACAUUUUUCCAACGACCAUAGACUCAUUUUAUUACCAGAGCUCUUUACUUAAAAAAAAAAGAAAUCAAUUCGACUUUGUAAAAUAGCAUAAACGGGUUAUUAAAAGUAUAUCUGAUACGAGGAUUA